GUACUGCCAGUCCCUUGCGUUGUCCCUCAGUUCCCUGAAGCUCGAGCGCCCUACUCUGCCCUGCCCGGCGCCAGGGGCGCGGCUCUCUCGUUCGGUAGCGGCUGCGUCUGAAUGAGCGAAGCUCGGAGCAGAUCUUCGGUCUGUAAGUCGAUUGCAGAAGUCUCGAGUUCGGGUGCGGGUUUAAGCCCGUGGAGAUUGUGGAUGGUGCCAGGAUUUGGUGGUCGGACGGAGGGAAGGAGUGUCGGGCACCGGUGAAUUUGGCGAGACGAGGGUCGCCAUGAAGGGUACUCGGUUCAGGGAUUUGAAUCCAGCGUUAUCGGAGGAGUCCUUGGCUGUUUUGGAUGCGCAGGGGUUUAUCACGGCUACCCCAGUUCAAGUGGCGACUAUCCCAUUGCUGUGCAGUUUCAAGGAUGUGUCCGUCGAUGCUGCCACUGGUUCCGGGAAAACUCUUGCAUUUAUAGUUCCUAUAGUGGAGAAAUUACGAGGACUCUCGGAUCCUCUGAAGAAGAAUCAGGUAGGCGCGAUUGUCAUUUCUCCGACGCGAGAGCUGGCAUCACAAAUAUUUCAGGUAGCGCAGCCGUUCAUGGACACACUUCCCAAGUAUGAGGCAGCUUUACUAGUCGGAGGAACUGACGUUUCGGCAGACAUAGCCAAUUUGAAGCAGAAUGGAGCAAAUUUGCUGAUUGGAACGCCUGGUCGAAUUGAAGAUAUUCUGGACCGAGCUUCGUUUCUAGACUUGAAAAACUUCGAGGUGCUGAUCCUUGACGAGGCGGAUAGGCUUCUAGACAUGGGAUUCAAGCGUCAACUGUCCGUCAUCAUUGCUCGCCUUCCAAAGCUACGCAGGACGGGCCUUUUUUCUGCUACUCAGACCCAAGCCGUUGAGGAGCUUGCCAAAGCCGGUCUGAGGAAUCCUGUCAGGGUAGAGGUCCGAGUUGAAACAAAAACGGCUGGCAAAGGUCCUGAAUGUCCAAGAACACCUGCAGGUCUUACAAUUCAGUACUCAAUUGUUGAUCCGGAUGCCAAACCUGCGCAACUGGUGAACUUUCUUCUUGAACAUGCCUCAAGUAAAAUCAUUGUAUACUUCAUGACAUGCGCAUGUGUGGACUACUGGGGAACUGUGCUCCCUCAGCUGAAAAUGAUGAAGACAUUGUCCAUUAUUUCUUUGCAUGGCAAGAUGAAGCAGUCAGCUCGAGAGAAAGCCUUGGCCACUUUUGCUGAUUUGCCAGCAAGUGUUCUCUUCUGCACGGACGUUGCCGCCCGUGGCCUGGACAUCCCAGGCGUUGACUGGAUCAUUCAGUAUGACCCACCUCAAGAUCCGAAUGUGUUCGUCCAUCGGGUGGGCCGCACGGCUCGAAUGGGUCGAUCCGGCAAUGCUCUUGUGUAUCUCCUACCCAAGGAAGAUGCAUACGCGGAGUUUCUACGAGUCCGCCGUGUACCUAUAGAGGAGCUAUCUCUACCCGAAAUAAACUUAGAAAUUAUUCCCCUGUUACGUGCAGCAGCGAAAGAAGAUAGAGACUUAAUGGAGAAAGGUGUAAAAGCAUUUGUUUCUUACGUGCGUGCUUACAAGGAACAUCAAUGCAGUUACAUAUGCAGGUGGAAGCAAUUGGAGCUUGGUAAAGUGGGAAUGGGCUAUGGCUUGUUGCAAUUGCCAUCGAUGCCCGAGCUAAGACGGGGUGUACUGACACCCGAGUUCUUUGUACCGAUGGAGGGAGUGGAUAUUGACAAAAUAAAAUACAAGGAUAAGGCUCGAGAGAAGCAGCGAAUGAAGAACUUGUCAAUCAAGAAGGAAACAAUCAAAGAACCAGAAGAGAACGGCCACAAGCAGAAAAGACCUGUAUUGACACCUACCAACGUAGAUAGAAAGAAGAAUAGCAAAAAGCGGCAACUUGAUCAAUCGAGAAGAGAUCAGGACGAUAUGGAGAAUGAUUACAGGAUGUUGAAGAAAUUGAAGAAAGGGCUUAUCACGGAGGAGGAGUUUGAUCAAGCUAUCGACGCGGAUGGUGAGCGAACGGAUGCCGAGCAAAAGAAGGUAGUCAAAGAACAAAAGGCCAGCAGAAGUUCCUCUUCCGUAAAAGCCAAGAAGGCCAAGCCUUCGGACAGGGCUAAUAGUGGUAAGAAGAAGUGGGUGUCGUCAAAGGUUUAGUAAUGGACUCCUUCAUUUGAAGUUUAUUACACGAAGAUGGGUCCCGAGUGGGAUCGUGACUAUACUCACAAUUUUAUUCCUUCUUGGUGGAACUAGUUGCUCAUUGCGAGCAAUACUUGAUUUAGUAGCGGUUGAUGAACGUGUGAGAUCUGACACGGGGCAGUAUUUUUCUUCCAUGAAAGAUGUAGGCGUUGCCGCGAGAAAUUUUGACAUCUUCAAUUGUAACGUAGAAUUAUCUUUAUCAAGGCUCUGAACAAAUGUUGAGAUUGUUAACGGCUCUCGUUGUAAAUAUAAAGAGGUCAAUUGACGGAG